GUUGCUGCUGGAGGGCGGCUCGGCUCGCACUGGCGCGGGGGGAGCGGCGGGCGCGCGCGCACACACACACACACACCCGGGCGGGCACGCACGCACACACAACACACACAGACACACACAAUCGGUGCGUGCAGCCGCCGCCGCCGCCGCCGGAGUUGUCUGCGCUGCUUCUUCCCCUGCUGCAGCCGCAGCAGCAGCGCGAGUGUUGACUUCCAGCCUCCUUUAUUUAUCUCUUCCCGGCCGCCCCUUCCCUGGCCCAAGAUGUAACUACAGCUCAGACACUACGGACCCGCAGAUCGCUGCUGAGGCGGCUUUGGCAGAGGAGAGAGAGGAAACCCCCCCUCCCCAAAAGGGGGAUCUCAAGGGCGUCGGGGUGCUCUUUUCUCCCUCCCCCCGCGCGUCUCUUCAGGGGGAGCCUCUCUCCAUGAUGAAUGUUUCACUCAAGUGAUUAUUUUGGGGGGUGUUUUGCUUUGCAUUCGCCUCUCUCUCUUUUAUUAUUAUUAUUAUAAUUAUUAUUAUUAUUAUUAUUAUUAUUAUUUUCCCCCUUCCUUCCCCCAUCGCCACCUCUCGGAUUUAUUGCUAGGAGAAUCGUAUUGUGAGGCGAAGAAAGUCGGAUUACAAGAGACCACUACCAGCCAACAGCACCCACCCAGGAUUUUUUUUUUGUCGGUGGUUUUUUUUUUAAUUAUUAUUAUUAUAUUAUUAUUAUUAUUUUUUAUUUUUAACACCUCGUCGCGGCUUUAAUUCAUGAAGCAAUCGUCCCCUUUUGCCAUCAGCAUUUGGAUACCAGAAUGAGCAAAGAAAGACCCAAGAGGAAUAUCAUUCAAAAGAAAUACGACGACAGUGAUGGGAUUCCGUGGUCAGAGGAGAGGGUGGUACGAAAGGUCCUUUAUUUAUCUCUAAAGGAGUUCAAGAACGCACAGAAAAGGCAGCAUGGUGAUGGUAUUAAUGGCAGUCUCAAAACGGUGAAUGGACUCCUCACUAAUGGCCAAUCUAAGGGAUUAGGACCAGGAUCGGAACAGUUGGAGAAUGAGAAAGACGAUGCAUCACAAGUGUCCUCCACUAGCAACGAUGUUAGUUCUUCAGAUUUUGAAGAAGGGCCAUCAAGGAAAAGGCCGAGGCUGCAAGCACAAAGGAAGUUUGCUCAGUCCCAGCCAAACAGUCCCAGCACAACUCCAAUAAAGAUAGUGGAACCAUUGUUACCCCCUCCCGCUACUCAAAUAUCUGACCUCUCGAAAAGGAAGCCCAAGACAGAAGAUUUCCUUACAUUUCUCUGCCUUCGAGGUUCUCCAGCCCUGCCCAGCAACAUGGUAUAUUUUGGAAGCUCUCAGGAUGAGGAGGAAGAAGAAGAAGAAGAUGAGGAGUCAGAGGACACAAAGGCAGCCACCAAUAAUGCUUCAUCUUCAUGCCAUUCAACCCCCAGGAAAGGAAAAACGCAUAAGCAGAUUCUAAAUGGGCAUGUUUUCAAUGGAUCCAGCAAAUCAUUGAAGGAGAAAGAACCUGCUCAUAAACACAAAAGCAAAGAGGCCACACCGGGGAAGGAGAGGAACAGCGAACAUAAGGCUGAGAGCCGUAAAGAACAGGCUGCUGCUAAUCACCACCCUACUACAAACACUGGCUCCUCUACGAAAGGGCUUACUGCUAACAACCACACUCUUCAUAGAUCGGCUCAGGACUUAAGGAAACAGGUUUCUAAAGUCAACGGGAUCACUCGGAUGUCAUCUCCGGGUGCAAAUGCAGCCAGUGCCAAAAAGAUGAGAGAAGUCAGACCUUCACCGCCCAAAACUGUGAAGUAUACUGCAACAGUGACAAAGGGAACUGUCACGUACACCAAAGCCAAGAAAGAACUGGUCAAGGAAACCAAACUAACUCACCACAAACCCAGUUCACCUGUUAACCACACAAUCUCAGGGAAAAUAGAAAGUAGCAAUGCAAAAACCCGCAAACAGGUGCUAUCCCUUGGAGUGUCCAAGUCCAACGAUACCGCUGUUAACAGUGUAAAGGUCAAUGGCAAGUUGAACCAAAAGACAUGCACUAAGGAGGUGGGGAGACAGUUGAGGGAGGGGCUUCGCAAUUCUAAGAGGAGGCUGGAAGAGACGAAUCAAAUAGACAAAAUACAGUCGCCCACCAAGAAGAUCAAAGGGGCAAUUAGCUUAACGGAAGCUGCAAGCAAAAAGGCAGUUGUGGAAAAGCCUUUGCUGAAUGGACAUGUAAAAAAGGAAGUGCCGGAGAAGAGUUUGGAAAGAAAUAGGCCGAAAAGAGCCACUGCUGGAAAGAAUACGCCAGGGAAACAAGCACACGGCAAAACUGAAAAUGCCUCCUGUGAAAAUCGUUCUACCUCUCAUACUGAGUCCUUGCACAAACCACAAGAAUCGACGGGAAAGCACGAAAAGGGCAGCAGUAAGUCUGGGUGGGGGAUGCUGGGGGAGAUUCCCAUCCUCAGGCCCUCCGCCAAGGAGUUCCACGACCCGUUGAUAUACAUUGAGUCAGUCCGAGCUCAGGUAGAGAAGUAUGGGAUGUGCAGGGUGAUUCCUCCUCCAGACUGGAGACCUGAGUGCAAGCUGAACGACGAAAUGCGGUUUGUGACGCAGAUUCAGCACAUACAUAAGCUGGGCAAGCGCUGGGGACCCAAUGUGCAGCGGUUGGCCUGUAUCAAGAAGCACCUCAAAUCUCAGGGCAUUACCAUGGACGAACUCCCACUCAUAGGAGGCUGUGAGCUAGAUCUGGCCUGCUUUUUCCAGCUGAUCAACGAAAUGGGUGGCAUGCAGCAAGUGACUGACCUCAAGAAAUGGAACAAACUGGCAGAUAUGUUGCGUAUCCCCAAAACUGCACAGGACAGGCUAGCAAAACUGCAGGAAGCCUACUGCCAGUACUUGCUCUCCUAUGAUUCCCUCUCCCAAGAGGAGCACAAGAAACUGGAGAAGGAGGUCCUGCUGGAAAAGGAGAUCCUGGAGAAGAGGAAAGGUCCUUUGGAAGGACACUUGGAGAACACCUACAAGUUCCAUUCCUUGCCCCGGUUUGAGCCCAAAAAUGGACUCAUUAAUGGUGUGGUUCACAAAAAUGGCUUCCGAAACAAGUUGAAAGAAGUCGAUGUCCCAUUAAAGACGGGCAGGCGGCGACUCUUCACUCAGGAAAAGGAGACCAUGAAGGAGGAGGAGGAAGAGGAGGAGGAGGAUGAGGAGAAGGGAGUUCUUAGCGACUUACACAAGUGUGUAUACAAGGGUAGGUCUGUUUCUUUAACAACCUUCUACCGGACGGCAAGAAAUAUCAUGAACAUGUGCUUCACCAAGGAGCCUACAGUAGCUGAAGUAGAGCAAGAGUAUUGGAGGAUAGUGGAACAGAAGGACUGUCAUGUAGCAGUUCAUGGUGGCAAAGUGGAUACCAACACACAUGGGAGUGGCUUUCCUGUGGGAAAAUCCGAACCAUUUUCAAGGCAUGGGUGGAACCUUACAGUCCUUCCUAAUAAUACAGGAUCCAUCCUGCGACAUCUUGGUGCUGUGCCUGGAGUGACAAUUCCUUGGCUAAAUAUUGGCAUGGUCUUUUCUACCUCAUGCUGGUCUCGAGACCAAAAUCACCUUCCAUACAUUGACUACUUACACACUGGUGCUGAUUGCGUUUGGUAUUGCAUUCCUGCUGCGGAGGAGAACAAACUUGAUGACGUGGUACAUGCCCUGCUGCAAGCAAAUGGCACUCCAGGGCUGGAAAUGCUUGAAAGUAACGUCAUGAUCUCCCCGGAAGUCUUGUGCAAGGAGGGGAUCAGGGUGCACCGUACUGUACAGCAGAGUGGACAGUUUGUUGUCUGCUUUCCGGGAUCCUUUGUGUCUAAAGUGUGUUGUGGCUACAGUGUUUCUGAAACAGUGCACUUUGCUACCACCCAGUGGACAAGCAUGGGUUUUAAAACUGCCAAGGAAAUGAAGAAACGACGUAUAGCCAAGCCAUUUUCAAUGGAAAAGCUGCUGUAUCAGAUUGCAACGGCAGAAGCAAAAAAGGAAAAUGGGCCGACUCUGAGUACGAUAUCGUCACUUCUUGGAGAGCUCAGGGACACGGAGCUGAGGCAGCGACAGCAGCUUUAUGAGGCAGGUCUGCAUUCUUCAGCCCGCUAUGGGAGCCUCGACAGCAGCAGUUCGGGGAUGGAUGGAAAGAAAAAGCCUCGAAAGUGGUUGCAGUUAGAGACGUCGGAGAGGAGGUGUCAGAUUUGCCAGCAUCUAUGUUACCUGUCAAUGGUGGUUCAGGAGAACGAAAACGUCGUCUUCUGCCUGGAGUGUGCCCUGCGGCAUGUGGAAAAACAGAAGUCUUGUCGGGGACUGAAAAUGAUGUAUCGUUAUGACGAGGAACAAAUCAUCAGCCUAGUCAAUCAAAUCUGUGGAAAAGUAUCUGGUAAAAAUGGCAGCAUUGAGAACUGUAUCAGCAAGCCUACACCAAAAAGAGGGCCUCGGAAGAGAGCGACAGUCGACGUGCCAUCAUCUAGGCUUUCAUCCUCCAGUUCAUCCAAAAGUGCUUCAAGUUAAUCCUGAAGAUGCCAACACUCUCAUUUUGUCGAUUUAUAUAUAUUUUUUGUAAUUAUUAUACCAUAGUUUGGAGUACUUGCUGUAGAAUACAAGCUGUCUUUGCACUAGCUCUAAAGAAGAUUUUCUUCUGGUUUUAGAGAACUAAUUUUGUUUUAGCAUUAAACUGUUGAAUUUUUUUUGUACUUAGGAUAGUUAGAUACAGCAGUCAGAUUUUUUUAAACUGCCGUAUGUUCACUGUUUUAAAACCGGCGAGGGGCUGAUAAAAAUUAAUUUGUAUUGUCCCUAUGGCUGAAAAAAAGCCUUUUUUUCUUUGGUAACUGUGAAAAAAGGCUUUCAACCCAUUUUGAAUAGGUUAAAGUUUGAUGUGUUUUAUAAUUUGUUCUCCAGUCAUGUGAGCAGAUUUUUUCUAGAGCGAAAAGGGAUAGGAGACAAAACUUGAAAGAUAUUGCUUUACUUUGGCUGUCUUUUAUUCUGUCACGGCAAGAUGAGUUUUGUAAUUUUUUAAAUUGGAGAAUACGCUCUUUCUUUGGGAGGUUAUGGCAGCUGAAGAUGGACUUUGGUUCCUAACCGUAGGCAAAAUGAGAUUUGGAGUAAGUAUGUUCUCUUUUACCAGCACAUCACUAUGCAUCUGUUCGAGGGGGAAAAAUAAAAAAUAAAAAAAAGGAGGAAAAGAAGACUGCCUGCCUUGAGGAGUCACGUGAGGGGAAAACUGUGCCUGAUUUCAUUAGGAAAUCCAUUCUGUUAUUUUUUGGUGCUGUUGGCUACUUUAUCAAAAACCCUUCAAUAGCAUCCUUAAAAAGAAAAGAAAAAUAAAGUGAUUGAAGCCAUAAGUGCUUCUUUGUCAUAGACGUGCAAUCUUUCUAACAUUCCAUUUCCAUUCCACUGCUGUUUUUCACACCCUUUACACAGUCGAGCAUUAAUGUUUAUUUUGAAUUUGUUUCAUUAUAUGAUCACAUUUAGAGCCACUAGCAGGUCUGCCUAUUUCUUUUGAAUGUGAAAAUGCAUUUGCUUUCAUCUUGUCUAUUUUUUUCUCUUCAUGUUGUAACAAAAAAAAAAACCCACAAAAAAAAAAAACAAAUCACACCUUUUGUACAUAUACCUGUAAAUUUUUUUAAAUACUUGAGCCUUUUCUUGGGGUGGGGGGAGGGGUGAUGCGGAGACAAGAUGAAGAAAAGCCUUACGUUUCACUUUCUUCAUCGGUUGGAUUGGAUGCUUACAGGGUUUUUCUUGUAACAUUUAUAAGUGCUGCUUACAUCACUGAACAACAACAAAAAAUAAUAAUGGAGUAGCUGUUGCCCUUUUCUGGUUGUGUACAGUAUGUGUGGAAUAAAAAAGGGAAAAUGUUUUCACAAACUGUUUUGUUUCAUAAUUGAAUUCAACAAUACCGUAGCUACCCAUAUUGCACUGAGCUUGCCAGUGGUGACUGUCAGGAAAGUCCUAUAAUACAAUUUGUUGGUUGUUGUUGCAGAAGACUGAACUGUUUUGGAAUAUUUAACAAUAACAUAAACAGAGUCAAGUGUUUUCAAAUGUGGUUGUCUGGUUUUUAUGGCCUUGCUGUGUACUUUUCCCUCUUGACAGUAAACUUCUGACUAUGGCUUACAGUUUGACAUUUAAUUUAUUAGCGCUGCUCUGCUCUCUUUCCUUGUAAGGAAAGACUUCAUGUUGUUUAUUGCCAGGUUUUUUUUUCCUUUUGUUUACUUUCCAGGUUUGUACUACGAGGUUUAAUAAAAAAAAGAAAACUUUUUUGGA